UUAAGGUACACACAGCCCCUGGAGUAUUCUUCUGUUCUUGGAACUUGAAUAACAUCAUUUUGCUGUAGGUAGUAUCAGCCUGUUGAUGCUUUACAGCUGAAAUUUUGUAUUGUUUCGAUGUUCUGCUGCUCUCGGAAGAUGUUUGACAAAUUGUUUGAAAGAUUUACAUUAACUUCUAGCACCGUGAAAGAAGAAGUGGUCGAAGAGGAGGACAUGACCACCAUUUUACCGGAACCGUGUAAAUCAGGACUUCUUCAGAUAACAGUGCACUCGGGGAAGAAUUUAAGAAAAGCUGACAUAUUUGGUAAAGGAGACCCGUAUGUAGUGAUCAAGGUUAACAGGGUAAAGAUCCAUACAACAGUGGUGAAAUAUGGAACUGAUUCUCCACGCUUCGAGGAAUCUGUUCAUUGCAUUCUAUCAGAUAUUAACGACUCUAAGCUAGCGUUUGAGGUGUAUGACAAGGAUAUGAUCGGGGUGGAUGACACGAUAGGAUGUGCUUUUGUCAACUUAUUCAAGAAACCCUCCAUAGUGAAUUCAGCAUUAUUGCUGUCACUGCCGGAUAUCAACGAAUGUGGAAGCCUCUACGUUUCAGUGAGCUUCACACCUAUGACUAUCAUUCGACCACCGUCGCCAGACGCCCACCACUGACUGCAACAAGCUCUACCGGUGACUGUUCCAAUCAGUUGGGAACGCUGGACGUCACCCCAAAAAGUGACACUGGUCAACAAGUCCUGUCGUAAAGUAGACAAUCUGUCGCGGACGGAAUGAGCUGUUCCAGACAUAAUACCCUGAUCAAGGGAUUUUAAUGCUUUAAUGGAUUUAUAGUUACCAUGGUGAUGUACUAACCAUAGUAACCAUAGUAACCAUGGUGUAGACUGUAGAUGUAUUUAAAAUGCAAUUAUUCGGACAUCACGUAUUAUAUAUUUGUGAUGUUAGAGGUUUUGUCAAAUAUCUAAUCUCAUAUGAUGAUUAUGUACCCCAUUCCUUACAUGUAGUCCCACUUUUUAACAUAACCCUAAAGCCUAAACCCAACCUUAGCCUAAACAGAACCCCUGGCGCCCUGAUCAAAACCCCGCAAUAACCCAGGCCUACACCCCACCCAGCUGAGCUUGUUCAUGCAGACAUGACAUCACCUCAACUAGUUCUGUUAGAGAUCUUCGGACAAUUUGAGGAAGUACUUUAAUCAAGUAAUUUUGUGAUAAUCAAAAAUUGAUUUAAUAGUU